CCCUCAACACACAAACUACAGUGAAAAACAAGCCUUGUUUCUUUGAGCUCGCAUCUCCACAGACCUGACUCUUAUCACCCAGAUACCACCUGAUCACAAGAGUCACAACUUCAACAACAAGUGACUCUGAACAAAUCAAAUGUGACCUUUUUCUCAACACUUGUGCUUAGAAAAGUGACGGCGAUGUCAUCUUCAGGACACUGUGGUGUUUUUGAGCUCAAAUGACGUUCUGUUGUUUUUAUUGUCGUCAUGGUGACGUUGAGUCUCAGCCUUUUCCUUAAACCGUGUUCGAUAUCAGUCACAAACAGUCUAUGGUCACAACACAAACUUAUUCUUCUAGUCCAGUCUUCCUCACCACAUCCUCCUGAAGCCUUCCAAAAUAAAAGCUCUUCACCUCUUUCCUGUCACAAUAAGAGUCUUGACUUUAGUCUGAGUCACUAUUGUUGCUCUGUUUCAGACAUGUCCUCCACCAGAGACCAGAGCUCUGAGGAGAUGUUCAAGUGCUCCAUCUGUCUGGAGGUGUUCUCUGAGCCAGUGUCCACUCCAUGUGGACACAACUUCUGCCGACGCUGCAUCUCUCAGGCCUGGGACACUGAUGGACCCUGCACAUGUCCUGUGUGUAAAGAGAUGUUCCACAGAAGACCACAGCUCAAGAUCAACACGCUCCUGAAGGAGGUGGUCUCAGCGUCUAAGCUGGAGAAGAAGAAGAGCAGCUCUAUGGACAACAAGUCCGUCUUUAAAGAGGUGCAGUGUGACGUGUGCUCUGAGCCCAAGCUGAAGGCCCUCAAGUCCUGCCUGGUGUGUCUGUCCUCCUUCUGUGAGAGCCACCUCCAGCCUCAUCUCACAGUCUCUGGGCUGAAAAGACACCAGCUGAUGGAGCCUGUGGAAAACCUGGAAGACAGGAUGUGUCCCACACACCAGCGCCCCCUGGAGCUCUUCUGUGACACUGACCAGAGCUGCGUCUGUACCGUGUGUGUCCUUCUAGAGCACAAGAACCAUGAGCUGUUGUCUCUGGAGGAGGUGUGUGAGUGCAGGAGGUCCUUUGUGCACAUGGUGGAGCAGAGGAGGCAGAAGAUCCUGGAGAUCCAGAGGCUCCUGGAGCUGAGUGAGACAGAGGCCGUCAGAGAGAGGUCUGCGGGGCUGCAGGUCUUCACUGCUCUCAUGCAGUCUGUUCAGAGGAGUAUGGACCUCUUCUUAGAGGAGCUCCAGGAGAAGCAGAGCCGGAGCCACAGACGAGCCCAGGAUCUGCUGCAGCGGCUGAAGCAGGAGAUCUGUGAUCUGGAGCAGAGCAGCGCUGAGGCCCAACGUCUCUCACGCUCUGAAGACCCCCUCCACUUUCUACAGCGCUGCCCUGCACUCACGCCCCCUGCUGGGCUUAAGGAGUGGAGCAGCGUGAACUUUGAGCCGGAGACGUGUGAGGGCAGUGUGUCCCGGGCUCUGUCUGAGCUGAAGAACAGUCUCCCUCAGGAGUUUAACAAACACUUUAAAGAACUGGCCUCAGAGUCUAAGAAAGCUGAGCUGAGGAGAGCGCAGCAGAGUGCGGUGGAGGUGACUCUGGACCCAGACACGGCUCAUCCUGAUCUUGCUCUGUCUGAAGAUCUCAAACAGGUUCAUGACACUAAUGUGGAGAAGAAACUCCCAGAUUCUCCUCUGAGGUUUGAUCGUGUUGUUUGUGUUUUAGGAAAACAGAGUUUUUCUUCAGGCAGGUUUUACUUUGAGGUUCAGGUCAAAGGGAAAACAGAGUGGGAUUUAGGAGUGGCCCAAGAAUCCAUCAACAGGAAGGGAAAGAUCACUUUAAAUCCUAAACGUGGACUGUGGUGCAUCAUCUUAAGAAACAAAGAUGAGUACAACGCUUGUGCUGGCCCUUCUGUCCGUCUGUUUCCUCAGAGAGCUCCUCAGAAGGUCGGGGUGUUUGUGGACUAUGGGGAGGGUCUGGUUUCCUUUUAUGACACAGAUUCUGCAGAUCUCCUCUUCUCCUUCACUCGCUGCUGCUUCAGGGAGAAACUGUUUCCAUUUUUCAGUCCCGGUAACAAUUUUGGAGGUUCAAACUCUGCUCCUCUGGUCGUCACUGCAGUGGAGACUUUGAGUCGUGACAAAGUACAAAAGUAAAAGUAGUGAACUUAAAGACGGGGAUGUGACUUCUCUGGACUAUUAACUGUAACACAACAGAUUUAGAUCAACAUGUUCCUUUUGUUGUUUUGUCCUCCCUCCUUUUGCUCCUCGUGCUAAGUCACUCCCCCUUCAGAGCCACAUCACAACAUCAGGUUUGUCCGGUUUCUGUGAACAGUUUUGUGUCAUGUUUUUGUACAUUUAUGUCCUGAUGAUUUUGCAUAAUACUUCCUCUUUAAGUCUAAUUUUGAGGUACUUUAUGUGAGUACAUUUUACUCUGGUACUUUUUACUCUGUAUUUUGAACUGGACUGAAAAGAAUCUGAGUUAUUGUCAAGAAAAUAAGAAUUGACAUUGUACUGGUAAAACUCAUCUGUAAUAAAAGUAAAUUCAAAUGCACCAAAUGAAAUAAAUAAAACAUAAAACAGUA